CCGUGAGAGGACAUGGACUCCAAGGUUGCGGUUUUUGUUGUUGGGAUGAUCCUCUUGUGUUCUCUUUCUUCCGUUAAUGGCGAGGAGUGGCCGAGUCCACUGGUGACCAGAGAGAGCCGGAGGACCUUGGUGUUAACGGAGUCCGGAAGGAUCACGGCCGUCGAUGUGCAUGAUGGGUACGGUGGUUCCUAUCACCUUCAGUUCAUCACCUUGGAGCCCGUCUCUCUGUUCCUCCCUGUGCUGCUUCACACUGACAUGGUGUUUUACGUGCACACUGGUAGGGGAACAGUGACUUAUGUUAACGAGGAUAAAGAUGAAACAGAUGAGAUGGACGUCGGCCAUGGUGACGUUUACAGACUGGAACAGGGCACUGUCUUCUUUGUGCGAAGCCAUCCUGAUCCAACAAGAGAGAAGCUUAGAAUUCAUGCCAUAUUUGACACGGCAGGCAUUGAUCAUCCCUUGGGUUGUGCUGUCAGAGCCUACUCGAAUAUUAGUGACUUAGUUCAAGGCUUUGAUGAACGAGUUCUCCAGAUGGGCUUUGGGGCUUCUCUGGAAAGCAUCCGUGGUAUCAAAUGGGCUCCGUCCCCUCCCUCCAUAGUUCCUUUCGGCCAAAAAGAUGCGAGAGUUAAGUCAAAAUGGAAGGAAGGAGUAUUUGAGGCGCUUAUGGGCGUUCGUGGCCCAACUGGUAUCGUAAACAAGAAGAGGAAGACCAAAUCCAAGACAUUCAAUUUCUUCAGGGCCAAACCAGACGUGGAGAACUGUAAUGGGUGGAGCACUGCAGUGACUCACAAGGACCUUAAAGCUCUUAAGGGCUCUAACUUAGCUGCAUUCAUGGUGAACUUGGCCACGGGUUCUAUGAUGGGGCCUCAUUGGAACCCUAGGGCUACGGAGAUUGCUACGGUGAUACAAGGGCAAGGCAUGGUGCAAGUUAUAUGCCCCAGUGAUCCAUCGGGCAAGGUUGGUGAUGUCUCCAAAUGCCAAAACAAGAAGUUUAAGGUCCAAGAAGGGGACGUCUUUGUGGUGCCGAGGUUUCAUCCCAUGGCACAAGUUUCGUACAACAAUGACACACUCGUCUUUGUUGGAUUCAGCAGCAUGGCGGGUAAGAAUCAUCCUCAGUUCCUGGCAGGGAAGAGGUCGGUGCUGCGGACGAUUGAUCGGGACGUAUUAGCAGCGUCCUUCAAUGCGCCAAAUGCCAGUGCUAUCGGUGACUUGUUAGUUUCUCAGGGUGAGUCGGUAAUGCUGGCAUGCACAUCGUGUGCAGAAGAGAUGGAAAGGAAAAUGACGGAGGAAAUUGAAAGACAGAAGCAAGAAGAAGAAAGGAAGAAGGAAGAGGAGGAGAGAAAGAAGGAAGAGGAGGAGGCCAAGAAGAGAGAGGAAGAAACCAGGAGGAGAGAAGAGGAAGAGGCAAAGAAGAGGGAAGAGGAGGAAGCUAAGAGAAGGGAGGAAGAGGCAGCCAAGAGGAGAGAGGAGGAAGAAAGGAGAGAGGAGGAAGAAGCCAGGAGGAGAGAAGAGGAAGAGGCAAAGAAGAGGGAAGAGGAGGAAGCUAAGAGAAGGGAGGAAGAGGAAGGUAGGAAGAGGGAGGGUGAAGAGGAAGCGAGGAAAAGGGAGGAAGAGGAAACCAAAAGGAGGGAGGAAGAGGAAGCUAGGAGGGAAGCAGAAGAAGCCAGGAGGAGGGAGGAAGAGGAAGGUAGGAAGACGGAGGGUGAAGAGGAAGCUAGGAGGGAAGCAGAAGAAGCCAGGAGGAGGGAGGAAGAGGAGGAAGGUAGGAGGGAGGAAGAGGAAGCGAGGAGAAGGGAGGAAGAGGAGGAAGGUAGGAGACCGGAGGAAGAGGAGGCCAGGAGAAGGGAGGAGGAAGAAGCCGAAAGGAGAGAGCAAGAGGAGGCGGCCAGAAGAAGGGAGGAAGAGGAAGCAGCGAGAGAGGAGGAAACCAGAAGAGAGCAAGAGGAGGCGGCAGGGGGGGAGGAGGAAGAAGCGAGAAGGACAGAGGAAGGGGAAGGAACAAGGAGAGAAGAAGAAGCGAGGAGACGGGAGGAACAAGAGGAGGCUCCCGAGAGAAGUUGA